GUUGGAUUCACACCUAGCAAGUCAUUUGACUCAAUCGAUUUGUGUAUAAUCUUGGCUGAAGGUGAAUGCGGUCACUGCUCUUCAUCUAUGCUUGAAUUAUUCUUAUAUCCCCUGCCCCGCUGUCAAGGAUAAUGCCAUUUCCCCCGCUCGUCAAAUCUGCAGCGUUCCCCACCCGUCGCACGGUUUGAUACUACUAUGUCCCCCAACUUAGCGAAGCCACUCGGCGCACUUGACGAUGAUGACUAUGUUGCUCAAGUACUCGCACGCGAGGCGCGCGACAGCUCGAUGAAGUAUUCCGCGCAAGGUUUGGAUGCUUACAUGCCAAGACGACCUACAGGUGCCGCUCCAAAACCAAACACGCGCUUCCUUCGACAUAUUAUCAGGGAAACCGACAGUCAUAAUGCGGCUUUGAAACGCAAAGAGGAGCGAGAAGCGAGGGAGCGGAUGCGGCAGCUAAGGAACCAGGCGUCCACUUCCUCCCAUGACACAAGCCGAGAGCAUCGGCGGCGGCGCGACUAUCCAUCGGACAAUCGAAAUUCGCGGACUGAAAGCAGAAAGGAACGGGACGAUAGACACGGCUCUUAUAGGAGGAGAUACAGGAGUCGUUCGAGGUCCAGAGAACGCGAUCCCGCGCGCAGCGACCGAAGGAGAUCCAAGGAUGAUGGGACGCGAGCUAGCGGACGUGAUAAUCACAGGAGAAGUCGUCGACAUCGGUCAUCUUCGCGGCUUAGGAGUCAGUCGCCUCGGGAUAAUCGAAAGUCAAGCUCCAGGAGUCUACGCAAAAGCUACCGUACGCGUGAUAGAUCAGAGCCACGCUCUCGUUCCCUAUCCGAGGAAAGGUCCGACAAUCGCGGGCAGAACGAUCCCGAGAGAAGUAGACGCACUGGGGACAUUGGCCAUCAUAGCUCUAACAGUAACAAACGGUCGCGCGAGAAUCCACCACAGCGACGUCCAACAGCAACCGAAGACCGGUCAUCAGAAGAUGAAUCAGAUCCGCUAGAGGACCUUGUCGGGCCUUUACCACCAAAGAACGAUGGAUCGGACGAGAAUGCGCCGAUUCGUUCCCGCGGACGUGGUGCCUACAAACCCAAUACAAGCAAUAUUGACGCACAUUUCGCACCUGACUACGAUCCAACCACAGAUGUACAGCUGGAAGAGGACGAUCUGCACUCCAACAACAAGAGCUCCCGCAGACACGUUCCCGGCCUUAUGACAGGGGUUGAUGACUGGGAUUAUGCCCUAGAAGCUCUCCGUGAUCGAGCUCGUUGGAAGCAGAAAGGCGAAGAGAGGCUUCGUGAAGCUGGUUUCAGCACUGACUUUGUGGAACGUUGGAAAAGCAAUACUAGCUCCAAGCCUGAAGACGAUUCCGAGGGUAGAUUGGACAGUGUGAAAUGGACCAAGAAAGGUGAAGGUCGGGAAUGGGACCGUGGUAAAUACGUGGAUGAGCAUGGACAUAUUGAUGUGAAAGCCUCCUGGUAACCCUUGUGGGCUAUAAGAGGAUCUUCUUUGGAUUAGCACAGCG